AGAUAAUAUAAAGUCUUGGAAUAAAUUAUAAAAGACGAAAUUGGACGCCUGAUAGCCGCAUAGUGCUUUUUGAGAUUUAGGAGGAAUAUAAGAUGAUUUCAAAAUCUCUGCUGAUUCUUUUUGUGGUGUUUGUUGGCCACCAAGCAGUCUUCAGCUCUCCUUUUGAAGAACACUCAAUCGACCCUCGGGAUUUUGUUGAUAUUAAUGGCACUACAUAUUUCGUCGACGGUGGAAUUGAGCACUCGUGGAUUGGUAUCAGUAACUGCGGUGAGCUGAACAUGACCAUGAUUUCCUUCGAUGAGCCUGGAAAAUGGGAGCUGAUUAGGUCUUGGAUUUUAACUCAAGGUAAUAACAGCUACAACCACUACUGGACCAGUGCUGUGAAGAAGGCCAAUACCGACACUUACUACUGGCAGCCGUCCGGCGCAGAGGUCACCGAAUUUGACUGGAGCUUCAGGAAACCUUCCAGGACGGACAACUCAGUAGACCAUUGCCUCGCCUUCUACCCCGACCCAAUCCUUGGAGGCUAUGAAGAUGUGUAUUGCACCGAUUAUUUGAUGAGGUUUAUUUGCGAAUAUCCGUAGAAAUAUUUGACAAUGUAAAGUCGCAUAAAAAAUAAAAGAAAAAACAAGCAAUAUAAAAAUUGGUUGGUUAAAUAAAAUUUUAUGA